AUGCGAGUGCGAGCAUUUUUAGUCGCCGAGUUCAGCUCAACGCCGCUGGUUUAGACACUACCCAAAGCUCAGCACACGCUCGAAACAGAGGCUGGAACUACAAACUACAAACUACAAGCCCUCGGCCCCACAAGCACAGCCCAUAGAUAUCGGUGGUGAUAUCCCCACAGCCAGCAGUCAUGCUGAACUAGAAGGAAACCCAACAAGUACACAAAAAGUUCACUCAGGAAAGCCUUUUGCAGGAUAUUCCAGAAAAUAGAGUCACAGAGAUCAUCAGCCAGAGUCAUGUCCCCCAAAGACGGUAGCUUGGACGAUGCCACAUAUGCCAAAUACACUGUCAAUCAUUCGCCACCAUCCUCGCCAGCGGCUGGAACGCGACCAACACCGCCGGAACAGGCCUCUUCCGAUGCGAUGACACUAAAAUCGACUGCAACGACAACGACGCCCACUGCCGCUGUGAAGCGAACAUGGCGCGAAAAGUUUCGCCUGAUAUCGAAUAAUAUCACCGUGGAGCCCAUUCUGGCGGCGUACAUUAUGCCCAGCGUGCUGUCCAAUUUGGCCACACAGAAUCUCAAUCUGGAGAAGGCCUGCCGCGUGAACAUGGCCUACGGGGAUGUGGUGUGCGAUGCUCUAACUCGCCGCCAGACAGCCAAUUACACCAUGGAAGAGGAAACGGUGCAGCAGAUGGUGGCUCGCAUGGCCGCCUGGAAGACAGUGAUCCAAUCGCUUUUCCCCUGCCUGUUGAUCCUCUUCUGGGGCUCGUGGAGCGACCGCCAUCGACGUCGCAAGCCCUGCAUGCUCAUCCCUGUGGUGGGGGAGUUUCUCGGUGUGGUGGGGCUCAUGCUGUGCGUUUACUUUGAGGAUACACCCAUGGAGGUGGCCGCCCUGACGGAGGCCAUCUUUCCAUCCCUCAGUGGGGGAUGGUUCACCAUGCUGAUGGGCGUCUUCAGUUACAUUGCGGACAUCACCACCGAGGAGGAGCGCACUCUAAGGAUUGGCAUACUCAACGUUUGCUUCUCUGUGGGUGUGCCCAUUGGCAUGGCCUUCAGUGGGGUGCUACUCAAGCAAAUCGGUUUCUAUGGCGUCUUCUCCAUCUCGGCCUUCUUCUAUGUGGUGGCAUUUGUGUAUGGUUUCUUUUUCCUGGAGGAGCCGGUGGCCAGGCCCGAGAAGAGUCCCACGCAAAAGGGCCUGCUGGCCGACUUCUUUGACAAGGAGCAUGUGGUGCAGACCUUCCGAGUGGCCUUCAAAAAGGGCGAGAAUCAGCGACGCAAGCGCGUCAUUCUGCUCAUGAUUGUCGUGAUGGUGAUCAUUGGUCCUCUGCACGGAGAGAUGGCGGUGACGUAUCUAUUUACGAGGUUCCGCUUUAACUGGUCGGAGGUGGAGUUCAGUUUCUUCUCCACCUACGCCAUGUUCACGGGUCUCAUCGGUGUCAUCUUCUGCGUGGGCAUUCUGUCGCACAAGCUGGGCGUUGACGAUGCCCUGGUGGGUGUCCUCUCGAGCACCUCGAAGAUCCUGUCAGGCUUUAUCUACGCCUUUGCCACGGUGCCGUGGCACAUGUACCUGGGCGGGCUGGUGGAGAUCUUCAACGGCACGGCCUUCAUUGCCAUGCGCUCGAUAGCCACCAAGCUCGUGUCCAAGGACGAACUGGGCAAAGUGAACUCUCUGUUUGGUGUGGCAGAGGCACUUAUGCCCAUGGUCUUUGCACCGAUGUACACGACGCUCUAUGCGGCCACACUGCGGGUGCUGCCGGGCGCCUUCUUUCUGCUUGGCGGUGGCCUAACCAUGUUCUCUGUUGUCAUCUUUCUCUGGAUGUACCGCUUCCAGGUGAAACAACGUCGCCUUCUGGUGCGCACCGAUGCGGAGCGCGCUUCGAUCAAGGAUCCUAAUGGCAACAUCAACACCAUCGAAGCUCUGGCCCUGGCCAGCGAGGCCAAGGGUCAAAUGAAUGGCAUCAUUUCCAAUGUGAUACACGAAUCGCUCGAAUCAUCACAUGCGGAGGAAACGCCACCACCUCCCCCUGUCAUCGGCAUUGAGAAUCAGGCCUAUGUGCCGGAGGAGGUGGGCAAGGCCAAGGAGGCCUGAAGCGUGGGAUGCAUGGGUAUUAGUCUGUGUAACAUACACAUGCGUAUUAUCCUUUUUUCCUAUUGUACAUACACAUAUUCUGCUGCGGGGAUGGACAUGUAGGGAAUGUGGAGACGUUUCUAAAAGGGUUUGCAGUUGGUUUUCCCCUUAGAUCUAUCGAUUGAGAUACGCUUCAAGAACUUCUGGUGAAUCUUAAAUCCUUUUCGAAGUUGAUUCCAAAGCUGCUAUUCUUUAUGCAAGACGAAAGAUCCUUUUGACCGUUUUGGCAUCCGAUAAAAGUUCCUUUCAAGAGCAUUUUUACUUGCGCUCUCCUGCAUCCCCCAGCUGUAUCCGUACUUUAUUAUUGUCUUUAAUUAGUCUUAAGCUUUUGAAGUAUUCACAUAUGUGUUUUUGUUUCCAUUGUAAUUAUAAUUUUCCACUUUGCUAUUAUUUUACAUAUAUAUUUUUUUUGAUUAGC